UAGUUGGCAUAAAGUAUAUAAAAAGCCUGACAGUCAUAUUGUGGAUUUAUAGUCCACAGAGCAAUUUGUAUUGACAGAUUGAGAUUAAUUUUUUUUUAAUCGAGUUGAAUUUUUCUAAUACAGUAAUAAAAGCGUAGGACAACAAUAUAGGGAAAAUCUCGAGAGUGGCAAAUUCCAGAAUUCGAAAAAAACUAUUAUUCAAACUGAUUACCCAGUCACCCCCAAAAAAUAUCGAAAGUCAGAAAAUUGUAUGAAAAAUGACAAGCCCGAUGUUUUCUCGACCAAACCCUGGUUUUGAUCGAAGUUAUGUUGCUGAAGCUCAUGAACGAAAAACACCUUCACCUUCCACAGCAUCCCCAAGACUUUCAAGAAAAGUUCACAAUGAUUUGACUGAUACAGAAAAGUCUGGAAUUCCUCUGAACACACCAUGGACCAUGUGGCUGGACAGAUCUAUCCCAAGAACAACCGCAAGUGAAUAUGAAGCUACACUAAGAAAAGUCUACACCUGCUCCACUGUUGAGAGUUUCUGGGCAGUCUACAACAAUAUACCAGAACCAUGUUCACUGUUGAUAAGAUACAGCUACCAUCUGAUGAGAAAUGAAACUAAACCAAUGUGGGAAGAUCCAGUGAAUAAAAAUGGAGGUGUUUGGAAACUAAAAUGUCACAAAUGGGCAACAAAUAAAGUUUGGAAGACUCUUCUACUUGCAGUCAUCGGAGAACAGUUCAGUGACAAUGUUGGAAAAGGUGAUGAUAUCAUGGGUGUAAGUGUGAGUAUCAGAGAAAAUGAAGAUCUUAUUCAAAUCUGGAGUUACAACUGGGAACUUGAACCUGCAGCAACUGUUUUAGAUAAAUUGAAAGAACUUCUUCCAGAUGUAACAUUUCCAACAGUAUUUUAUAAACCACACCAGCAGCACUACGCCUUCGAGCCCCGAAGACAUAUGUAAAACAUUAUUUUUUUAUAUUUCAAUAUCUGUUGUACAUAGUUUUAUAUUUUUAAUAUAGUUUUAGUGCAAUUUGUCUAUCUGUAUAGUACUAUGUUUUGGCCUAUAAAUUAGACAAAGUAAAAGCAGAUUUUACUGAUUUAUAUCUUUGAGUUGUAUUGUCCAUUAUUAUGUAGUAUAUAUAACCGAGUGCGAUGCUUUACCUUCCAGAGUAUCUAUUAUGAAUAGUUAUGGUCUAAUUAUUAUGAAUAACAUAAUUUAUCAAAUACAAAAAACUACAGGAACAGUUUGAAAAAAUUAGAAAACUAAUUAUAUUCGGGCACAUACCAGGAAUGGCUAAGACAAAUUAUGGGUAUUUAAUUUACUAAACUCAUUAAACUGGCAUUAUGAAAAAAUGGUAUUCAGUGUAAUAUUGAAUAUAUAUUCUAAACUCAGUGGUAUUUAGAAGGUAUUUGAUGGGACUGACAUUGACAGGGAAUAAAUAUGAAUUCAUGAUCUUUGUAAUUUCCGAUUUUGCGAGCAGAUUCUAUUCUGCAUUUAUCUUAAUUAGUAUAUAUGUACGUUUAUUUUCCUCAAAAGUGUAGCAGUAUUUGCAUAAUAUUGAAACAAUAUAACAGAGAUGGGAUACAUGUUUGCAGUAUCUCUGCAAAUUUAUGCCACUGAUAAUGAUGGUUCUUCAUAAACAUCUUGUUAUACUGUUACAUUUGUCGCUUUUUAAUCCUCAAAAUUUUCAUAAUUUUUCAGUCAAGGGCGUUAGCGCACUGCCGCAAAUAAUUAAAUAUAUAUUAGUGAUUUCUUUAAUCUUUUUUAUGUAAUUUUAAUCUUUUUUUAAAUAAUUUUGCUUGUAUUUCCAUGUGAUAUAUCCUUAGUUUCUGUAACAUCUUGAUGCCGUAAUUAUAUCUUUUAAUCUCAAAUAAUUUUGCUGUUUUGUUUGACCUUAAAGAGAUACUGCAAACACACUUAUGUAUGUUUUCCUCGAGCUCUUGCUUACUCACAAUAUGCUUCCAAAUUUAUUAUUUAAAAUUGAACUAGUUUUUGUGGAUAACCGUAUAGUCUGGGAUUUUAUAAAAUUUUCAAUUUGUAUUUUUUUUGGUUGCUGUGACUAUUUCCCAAUCUAAAUUAAAUCACGAUUCAUUCAAUUUUGAUGGAAUUUUCUAAUGUUUCUUAAAUUGUUAACAAAAUGGGUCAAUUACCCACAAUGUCCCAUCUAUACCAAGUUCCCUUUUUAUUGUUGAAACCUUUUUUUUUUGUGGCUUUUCAUUUCAAGUGUGAUUCUGGUAAAACUUUUACAGCCUUAUGAAUAAAUAUUGUUAUUGCCUGUA